AUGGCAUCUUCUUGGCGUUUUCUGCUGAUGUUCUUAACCAUUCUGGCCAUCUUCUCGUCACUUUCAUCGAAACCGAGCACGUUGAUCCAACAGACGUGCAAGAACACCAAACACUACGACCUCUGCGUUUCCUCCUUGAAAUCCGACGCCUCCAGCGCGAAAGCGGACACCAAGGGCCUGGCCCUCAUAAUGAUCCGUCUGGGAGUGGCUAACGCGACCGCCACGAGCGCAUACCUCUCGUCGGCCAAAAACGAGACGGCGUUGGUCAUGAAGGAGUGCGCGGACAAGUACGCGCUGGCUGGGGAGGCGCUCCGGAGCUCGGUGCAGGACUUGCUCGACGACUCGUACGAUUAUGCCUACAUCCACGUCAUGGCUGCCGCCGAUUACCCCAAUUCCUGUCGCAACGGGUUCAGGCGGUACCCGGGGCUGGUGUACCCUCCCGAGCUCGCGGUUAGGGAGGACGGGUUGAAGGGCAUUUGUGAUGUGGUUUUGGGGAUUAUUGACUCGAUUGGUUUUCAAUGA